AUGGCUGCAAAGGGAACCGAAGCUCAAUACCAGGACUUUGCCAACAGUUCCAAUGGUCAGAGCUCCUCCCUCAACAAGGACCUAGACAUCAAUGGCGGCGGGGACCACGUCGAGAAGCCGCCCCAGCGCCAGGGCACCAUCUCUCACGUCUACCAGCCGUCCUUUCUCAAGGCCGCCAACCCCGGCCCCCUCGGACUCAUCAGCUUUGCCGUCUCCGGCUUCACCCUGGCCCUAUACCAGCUAGGAGUUGGUCUUCCUGACUCGAACCCGAUGGGCAGCGUCGGCCCCAACCAAGCCAUCUUCGGUCUGUCCGUCUUCCUCGGCGGCGCCAUCCAGGUAUUCGCCGGUAUAAUGGAGUUCCGCGUGGGCAACACAUUUGGUAGCACGCUGCACUGCAUCUACGGUGGCUUCUGGCUUUCGUACGGCAUGUUCUUCGUGCCCGCCCUGGGCAUCAAGGAAGCGUACGCCGGUGACACGCACGCCUACACCACUGCCUUGGGCAUCUACCUCAUGUCCUGGACCCUCAUCACGCUGCUCUUCCUCCUCGCCGCCCUGCGCACGAACAUCGCCAUCCUCUCCCUGCUCUUCUGCCUCAUGUUGACCUUUCUGCUCCUCGGUGUCGCCCAGUUUAUCGCUACCACCGCGACGAGUACGGCUAUAACUGUCAACAAGGCUGGCGGCGGCUUCUUGGUCAUCACCUCCCUCAUUGCCUUUUAUGCCGGUUGCUCCGGUCUCAUGGUGCCUGAGACUACCUUUAUCAGGUUCCCGCUCGGUGAUAUCGAGUCGCUUACCCGUCGGAAGUGA